AUGGCAUCUAAAAUUUCUACAGAAUUAUUGAUUCUGAUUUUAAACAAUGUUCAAUCAACUCAAGAUUUAUAUUCAUCAUUAUUAGUUAAUCGAAUCUGGUGUAAAGUUACUAUACCUAUACUUUGGGUUUUACCUUUGGGUCAAGAAUGUUGUAUAAAUGAUAAGAAGAAAGCAUUAUGUAUUCGAACUUAUAUAUCAUGUUUGGAUACUCAAGCUAGAACUUUACUUUCUCAAAAUGGAUUUGAUUUAUCAUCAUCACCACCUCAAUCCAUUUUUGAUUAUCCAUCAUUCGCUCAUAAAUUGAAAAUUGAUAAUUUAGUUUAUUUUAUUUCCAUAUAUUCACCACAAAUUAGUUCACAACAAAUUAUUGAUUCUUAUGAAAAUUUUCAUAAUUAUAGUGAUUUAAUUGGUUCAAUUCUCAAGUUAUCUGAUGCCCCGAAAGUAUUUAUUAAAUUAGAAAGUUUUACUUCGAUGAUAGGAGAUUAUGAACUAAUUUGUCCAUUAUAUGAAUCAUUAUUAUUAACUUGUGAUAAUAUUUUAAAUAUAGAUUUCAAAUUGAACUCAAAUUCUCAAAUUCAAUUAUUAGAAAAACUUAUUAGUGUUCAAAAAUGUUUAGAAAAUCUAUCAAUUGUUGUAAACACUCGCACAGAAUGUCUUUCAUUAUUAAAUUUCAUUAGUAAAAAAGAAACAUUAAAGAAACUUCGUUUAAAAAAAGUAAAUUUUUAUCAUUUAAGGGGGAAAUCAUCACCAAUUGGACAAUUUAUUUCACUUCGAGAACUUUAUAUCGAAGAUUGCUUUGGAUUACAUGAAUCGGAUAGUUUAUUCUUUGCUUCAUCAUUUCCUCAAUUAAGUAGUUUUUAUUUUAGACAUAAAUAUUAUAGGUAUCCUCAAGAAUUUAUUAUAAGAAUUUUCAAAAGAACCAAUACAAAAUUAAGAAAAAUAUAUUUAAAUUCAUAUACCACAGACACAUUUUUAGCAAUUUUAAAUUAUUGCACAAAUAUUAUCAAAUUAACUUUACAUAAUCUGCGACCUGAACAUGUGAUAGCAGUAUUUAACAAUAAUUUUAAUGAAUUAAGAAGAUUUUCGUUUGAUUGUUAUUGUGAGGAAGGAAUCAAUGCUGAUAAAUUAUUAUGUCAGAUGGCCGAGAAUGUUCCAAACUCACUUGAAACUAUUAUAAUUAAAAUGGAUUAUGAUAAUCCAUGGAUAUUUAGUACUGAUAGUUUAAGAAAAUUUUUUGAAGAGUGGUGUUGUAAAGGAGAAGGAGGAAAUAAAAAGCCUAGAAGAUUACGUAUAAAACGUUCAUUAAAAUCGAAUAAUUCAUCAUUUUCACCAUUAAAUAUGAUAGCAAUAAGUAGCGAACAUUUUAAAAUUAUCGAAGAAUAUGGAAUUCAAUUUGAUAUUAAAGAAUAA